GCGUGUGUACUGGUCGCAAUCGAACGUGCAAAAGUUGCGUUAAAAAAAGAACUUGCUGAGAACGCACCGCCGAUUCUUUGCAACACGGGUUACUAAACAGAUAUAACAGCAAAAGAAGGAGGAAACAGAACCUUCGCAUAAAAAUGGCUUCUGAAGCGGCCUCGCUCGAAGAAGAUGGCAUCGCUAUGACUGAACAAGAUCCUGCAGCACCCCAACCAACGGUUGUACCUUUGGACGAACGUUCGCAUCUGUUGUCUGCGUCAAACGACCAGAAAUCCCCAAUCUCUUCAAGUGUAGUUGGAGGUUCUCCUAGAUCUGGAUUUUCUCAGAGCAUUAAAAAUCUGAAAUCAGCCACCAUGACCGUUUCGUUGUUAGAGAAACCGUCCGAUGACAGACGUGCCUCAGCGUUCCUUGCUGGCUGGAACGUAACAAACCUCAUUCAAGGCACAGGUAUCCUUGGGGUACCCUAUGCGGUGCGUAUGGGAGGUUGGGCGGCCGUAGCUGCUAACGCGAAAAUCGCCUUUCUUUGUUGCUACACCGGCAAGCUGUUGAUAGAGUGUCUGUAUGAGAGAUCUAGGCAGACAAAGAUGUUGAAACGGGUCCGAGUUAACUACCCGGAGGUCGGGGAAGCCGUAUGGCCCGGGUGGGGGAACCGGAUUGUGAGCGUGGUACAGUUCUGUGAGAUGUUUGGAGGGGUAAUUUCUUACCUUGUUCUGCUUGGUACCAUAUUUAGUGAUAUCCUGAGCAAGUAUAAAUCAUUGAAUUUUGAUAUCUACACAUGGUCCUCCAUCUGUGCCUGCAUUGCUCUCCCAGGCUUCUUCCUACGCCGUGUGUCAGUCAUUGCUUGGAUCAGCAUGAUAUCCGUCUUUGCACUGAUGUCGUCGAUCAUGACAAUCAUCAUAUAUUCCAUAACAGAGUACAAGGACAUGUCUAUUCACAAAGUUCCUGGAUUUGACAUUAGGAAAUUCCCCAUUGGGUUUGGUGUCAUUGUCUUCAGUUAUACAGCCCAUGCUGUCUUCCCAGGGGUAGAGGGAAGUAUGCGACGCCCUGAACAGUACCCCAUGAUGAUGAAUGUGGCUUUUCUACUGGCUGCAAUUGUGAAAGUGGCAUUUGGCCUCCUUCCUGUGCUGCGAUUUGGAGAGGACACAAACCAGGCUAUCACUGUCAACCUCAAGACCGAUCAGGUUUUCUACAUUCUGGCUAAUGCUUUGGUUGUGACCAAUGUGUUUACAGCUUUCCCCAUUGUAAGCUACAUAGUGUUGGAAACUGUUGAUCACAAACUUCUACCAUACUUCCCACACCUGGAGCGAGAGACAAAGUAUCACUGGGUAUGGAUCUUGCUGUCACGCCCGCUUGUCUUAUCCUUUGGCCUCUUCAUGGCCAUUACUGUGCCUCAUUUUGGCUUAUUCAUGGGUUUGGUUGGAAGUUUUACAGGUACAUGCCUUUGUUUUAUAUUCCCCUGUGUUUUUCACAUCGUUCUGAAAUGGAAAGAGCUGAGAUGGUACAACAUCGUAGCCAGGGUUUAUGUGAUUGUUUUUGGCAUCGUCUGUGGGGUUCUUGGCAUUGUCUUCACCGGCAUAGAGCUUGCAAAUGCUGUUAGUGGAAUUUGAGUCACCUUAAUCUCAUGUUUAGACUCAUUAGUAAUUCUACAAUCUUUCAUAUUGUGCAAAAAAAAACUGUGUAGGUUUUUUUUAGGGCUAAAUUAUGCAAGAGAAACCUUAAUUAUAAAGCAAAUGACCAGAUUUUCUCACUGAAGAUUGUAAUAGACAUGGGUUGUAAUUAACUUUUUCAUAGAGGACUACUGAUGGUUCGAUAGUGUGAAUCUUUAUUGUUUUUGUAGAACAAACCUUAAAAAUAAAUUCUCUACAAAUAAUAAUGACAGGAGACCACCUAUAAUCAGCUGUUAGGGAAACCUCCUGGAUAGAGUUGUUAUGAUAAGUGUAAAACCUAACAAAACAUGAUUUCAAGUUUUAGAGACCCUGCAUUAAUCAGCUGGUAAAUUUAACCAGACUAUGCAUUAUUUGGUGAAUUUUGAGAUUUUAUGUGGAUUUCACAAUUAACACAGUUUGAACGGAGAUCAAUUGUGCCAGAUUGCAUCUUUAGAUUAUGUCAGAGGCCUGGAAAUUAGGUUGUGUUUGGAGUGUUUUCCAAUUAAUCAAUAACUGGAGGCUAGAAUGUAUCAGCUUAUUCCAUAUGAAUACCUUAUACAUGAAUUGUAAGAAAUGCUCAAGGUUUUUUUUUGUUGAACUUUAUUUAAUCCUCCAUACAUUUAAAAAUUAUGAUCGUGAUUGUGUAGAUUUUUGUGUGAUAAUAAAAGAAUCAACUGUUAUCCUUGAUGCAUGUAAAGAAAGAACUUAAUUGCAUCCUUGAUGCAUGUUAAGAUAACUUAAAUGCGAAAGGCAAAUUUAAGGGGAGGUAUAGGAGAACUCUCAAAAACAAAGUUAUAUUGUAAGUGAUCUAUGCAGGAGGGGAUUCACCCCUACAAAAUAUCCUUUCCUCCAAACUACUGUCAAUGGUUGUUUGUAUUUGACGAUUGAGUCAAGAUGGCAUUAUGUUUGUCUUUGAUUGCACAAUAUAUUAUUCAAAUAUUUGUCUUUUGUAAGUGAGUGUAAAGAGUCUGAGUUCAAGAAUAAAGUAUAAAUAACAUUAAAUUUAUAUAUUGUAAUUUAUUACUUGGCGUAUGUGAAAAUUGGAGCACAAACAACAGUGUUUUAUCAAUAUACUUGUUGGAUAAAGUACACUUAACAUUCUAAUAUUAUUAAUUAUCGUGCAUAAUAAACUGUUGAUGAUGUUUGACAUUGAUUAGUUAUUAGUUAUUUUGAGUUAUGCAAGUUUGGUGUUUUAAAAAAAUUUAUAUGCAUAAGUUUACUUUCGAUCAAUAACGUCAACCCAAUAA